GCACGGGGCGCUGGUCAUUCUGGUGAAGUGUCAGAGUCCGUGAUACAGCGGAUCUCUCUCACAGCUCCAUCAUCGGCUCUUUGCGUUUCAUCGCGGCGAGAAAUGUCUGACGGUGGCGGAGGAGAGGACGGCGGCGGGAUGGAGGUCUCUGCCGCUGUGCAAACGGUAGCGGACGCGUCGGUUUUGCAGAAACACAUCCGUAAGCUGGUGCCGCUGCUGCUGGAAGAUGGUGGCGACGCGCCCGCUUCUCUCGAGAGCGCGCUGGAGGAGAAGAGCGCGCUGGAGCAGAUGAGGAAGUUCCUCUCGGAUCCUCAGAUUCACUCGAUCCUGGUGGAGCGCGGCGCGCUGAAAGAGGAUGUAGGAGAUGAAGGUGAGGAGGAGCGCGAGUGCAUUUCCUACAGCAUCAGCAUCGACAUCCAUUACGGGCUCAAAUCAAACAGCCUGGCGCUGAUCAAGCGGACUGGAGUGAUCGACGCGGACAAACCCAUCUCCACUCAGGUGCGAGUUCUGACUCUGAGCGAAGACUCUCCGUACGAGACGCUGCAAUCCUUCAUCAGCAAUGCUGUGUCUCCGUACUUCAAGUCCUACAUCCGAGAGUCUGGCAAAGCCGACAGGGAUGGGGAUAAGAUGGCCCCUUCGGUGGAGAAGAAGAUCGCGGAGCUGGAGAUGGGCUUACUGCACCUGCAGCAGAACAUCGAGAUCCCCGAGAUCAGCCUGCUCAUACACCCCAUCAUCACCAACAUGGCCAAGCAGUGCUACGAGCGUGGAGACAAGCCCAAGGUCACAGACUUCGGGGAUAAAGUGGAGGAUCCCAGCUUCCUGAACCAGCUGCAGUCUGGAGUCAACCGCUGGAUCCGGGAGAUACAGAAGGUGACUAAACUGGACCGAGACCCGGCGUCUGGAACGGCUCUGCAGGAGAUCAGCUUCUGGCUGAACCUGGAGCGAGCCCUGAACCGCAUCCAGGAGAAGAGAGAGAGUCCGGAGGUGCUGCUGACGCUCGACAUCCUCAAACACGGCAAACGCUUCCACGCCACGGUCAGCUUCGACACAGACACGGGCCUGAAGCAGGCGGUGGAGACGGUGAACGACUACAAUCCUCUGAUGAAGGACUUUCCCCUCAAUGAUCUCCUGUCCGCCACGGAGCUCGACAAGAUCCGGCAGGCGCUGGUGGCCAUUUUCACUCACCUGCGCAAGAUCCGAAACACAAAGUACCCCAUCCAGCGUGCGCUGCGUCUGGUGGAGGCCAUCUCCAGAGACCUGAGCUCUCAGCUGCUCAAAGUGCUGGGCACACGCAAGCUCAUGCACGUAGCGUACGAGGAGUUUGAGAAGGUGAUGGUGGCGUGUUUCGAGGUCUUCCAGACGUGGGAGGACGAGUACGAGAAGCUGCAGGUGCUCCUGAGGGACAUUGUGAAGAGGAAGAGGGAGGAGAAUCUGAAGAUGGUGUGGCGUCUCAGUCCGGCGCACCGGAAGCUCCAGGCCCGCUUGGACCACAUGCGGCGCUUCAGACGGCAGCACGAGCAGCUGAGAGCCGUCAUCGUUCGUGUGCUCAGACCUCAGGUGUCCGCCGUGCCCCAGCAUGCUCAGGGAAAGACGGCCGAGCCCGACGAUAUGAAGGUGGCCGAGGUGCUCUUUGAUGCCGCAGACGUCAACGCCAUCGAGGAAGUCAAUCUGGCCUACGAGAACGUGAAGGAAGUGGACGGACUGGACGUCUCGAAGGAGGGAGUGGAGGCCUGGGAAGCGGCCAUGAAGCGCUACGACGAGCGGAUCGACCGCGUGGAGACACGCAUCACGGCACGCCUGCGCGACCAGCUGGGCACCGCCAAGAACGCCAACGAGAUGUUCCGCAUCUUCUCCCACCGCUUCAACGCCCUGUUCGUGCGGCCGCACAUCCGCGGAGCCAUCCGAGAGUACCAGACGCAGCUCAUCCAGCGCGUCAAAGACGACAUCGAGGCUCUGCACGACAAGUUCAAGGUGCAGUAUCCUCAGAGCCAGUCGUGCAAGAUGAGCCACGUGCGAGACCUGCCCCCCGUCUCCGGCUCCAUCAUCUGGGCCAAGCAGAUCGACCGGCAGCUGACGGCCUACAUGAAGCGCGUGGAAGACGUCCUCGGCAAGGGCUGGGAGAACCACGUGGAGGGUCUGAAGCUCAAGCAGGACGGAGACAGCUUCCGCGCCAAGCUCAACACGCAGGAGAUCUUCGACGACUGGGCGAGGAAGGUGCAGCAGCGCAACCUGGGCGUGUCCGGCCGCAUCUUCACCAUCGAGAACACGCGCGCCCGCGGACGCACCGGCACCGUGCUCAAGCUCAAGGUCAACUUCCUGCCCGAGAUCAUCACGCUCUCCAAAGAGGUGCGCAACCUGAAGUGGCUGAGCUUCCGCGUGCCGCUGGCCAUCGUCAACAAAGCACAUCAGGCCAAUCAGCUGUACCCCUUCGCCAUCUCGCUCAUCGAGAGCGUCCGCACCUACGAGCGCACCUGCGAGAAGGUGGAGGAGAGGAUGUCCAUCUCGCUGCUGGUGGCCGGCCUGAAGAAGGAGGUGCAGGCGCUCAUCACCGAGGGCAUCUCUCUGGUCUGGGAGUCCUACAAACUCGACCCGUACGUCCAGCGUCUGGCCGAAACCGUCUUCAACUUCCAAGAAAAGGUGGAUGAUCUUCUUCUGAUCGAGGAGAAGAUUGAUCUGGAGGUGCGCUCGCUGGAAACCUGCAUGUACGAGCAUAAGAUGUUCACGGAGAUCCUCAACCGCAUCCAGAAGGCUGUGGACGACCUGAACCUGCACUCGUACUCCAACCUGCCCAUCUGGGUCAAUAAACUGGACAUCGAGAUCGAGCGCAUCCUCGGGGUGCGUCUGCAGGCGGGUCUCAAAGCCUGGACGCAGGUUCUCAGGGGACAGAUGGAGGACAGGGCUGAUGUGGACAUGGACACUGAGGCUCCUCAAGUCAGUCACAAGCCCGGAGGAGAACCCAAGAUUAAGAAUGUCAUCCAUGAAUUGAGGAUCACGAACCAGGUGAUCUAUCUGAACCCGCCGAUCGAAGACUGCCGCUACAGGCUUUACCAGGAGAUGUUUGCUUGGAAGAUGGUCAUUCUGUCUCUACCCAGAAUCCAGAGUCAGAGAUAUCAGGUCGGCGUUCACUAUGAGCUAUCAGAAGAGGAGAAGUUCUACAGGAACGCUCUGACCAGGAUGCCUGACGGUCCGUCUGCGCUGGAGGAAGCUUAUAACGCAGUGAAGGAGAUCGUCUCCGAGGUGGAGCAGUACGUCAAGGUGUGGCUCCAGUACCAGUGUCUGUGGGACAUGCAGCCCGAGAACAUCUACAACCGUCUGGGAGAAGACCUCAACAAGUGGCAGGCGCUGCUCGUGCAGAUCCGCAAAGCUCGAGGCACGUUUGACAACGCAGAGACCAGGAAGGAGUUCGGGCCGGCCAUCAUCGACUACGGCAAGGUUCAGUCCAAGGUGAAUCUGAAGUACGACUCGUGGCACAAGGAGGUGCUCAGCAAGUUUGGACAGAUGUUGGGCAACAACAUGCAGGACUUCCACUCACAGAUCUCCAAGUCUCGUCAAGAGCUGGAGCAGCAUUCGGUGGAUACGGCGAGCACCUCUGAUGCUGUGACCUUCAUCACGUACGUGCAGGCGCUCAAACGCAAGAUCAAACAGUUUGAGAAGCAAGUGGAUCUGUUCCGCAACGGCCAGCGUCUGCUGGAGAAGCAGCGCUUCCAGUUCCCUCCCUCCUGGCUGUACAUCGAUAACAUCGAGGGCGAGUGGGGCGCCUUCAGCGACAUCAUGAAGCGCAAAGACACGGCCAUCCAGCAGCAGGUGGCCAACCUCCAGAUGAAGAUCGUGCAGGAGGACCGCGCCGUGGAGAACCGCACCACAGACCUGCUGUCGGACUGGGAGAAGACCAAACCCGUCGCAGGCAGUCUGCGUCCAGAGGAGGCGCUGCAGUCGCUCACCAUCUACGAGGGCAAGUUCGGCCGCCUGAAGGACGACAGAGAGAAGUGUGCGAAGGCCAAAGAGGCGCUGGAGCUGACGGACACGGGUCUGCUGAGCAGCAGCGAGGAGAGAGUGCAGGUGGCUCUGGAGGAGCUGCAGGAUCUGAAGGGUGUGUGGUCGGAGCUGUCGAAGGUCUGGGAGCAGAUCGAUCAGAUGAAGGAGCAGCCGUGGGUCUCUGUGCAGCCGCGUAAGCUGCGCCAGAGUCUGGACGCUCUCCUCAACCAGCUGAAGAACUUCCCCGCACGUCUGCGGCAGUACGCCUCCUAUGAGUACGUGCAGAGACUGCUCAAGGGGUACAUGAAGGUGAACAUGCUGGUGAUCGAGCUGAAGUCGGAGGCGCUGAAGGACCGGCACUGGAAGCAGCUGAUGAAGCGUCUACAUGUGAACUGGGUUCUGUCCGAGCUGACUCUGGGUCAGAUCUGGGACGUAGACCUGCAGAAGAACGAGAUGGUGGUGAAGGACGUGCUGCUGGUGGCGCAGGGAGAGAUGGCUCUCGAGGAGUUCCUCAAGCAGAUUCGUGAAGUCUGGAACUCGUACGAGCUCGACCUCGUCAACUAUCAGAACAAGUGCCGCCUGAUUCGUGGAUGGGACGAUCUGUUCAAUAAAGUCAAGGAGCACAUCAACAGCGUGUCUGCCAUGAAGCUCUCGCCCUACUACAAGGUGUUCGAGGAGGACGCUCUGAGCUGGGAGGACAAACUCAACCGCAUCAUGGCUCUGUUUGACGUGAUCGACGUGCAGCGCCGCUGGGUUUACCUGGAAGGCAUUUUCACAGGAAGUGCUGACAUCAAACACCUGCUUCCUGUGGAGACGCAGCGCUUCCAGAGCAUCAGCACAGAGUUUCUGGCCCUGAUGAAGAAGGUGACCAAGUCUCCUCUGGUCAUGGACGUCCUGAACAUUCAGGGGGUUCAGAGGUCACUGGAGAGACUCGCUGACCUGCUGGGAAAGAUCCAGAAAGCCCUGGGAGAAUAUCUGGAGAGGGAGCGCUCGUCUUUCCCCAGGUUCUACUUUGUUGGUGAUGAAGAUCUGUUGGAGAUCAUCGGCAACAGUAAGAAUGUGGCCAAACUGCAGAAACACUUCAAGAAAAUGUUCGCUGGAGUUUCGAGCAUCCUGCUGAACGAAGACAACACGGAGGUGCUGGGCAUCUCGUCCCGAGAGGGAGAGGAGGUGCUCUAUAAGACGCCGGUGUCCCUCACCAAGCACCCGAAGAUCAACGAGUGGCUGACGCUGGUGGAGCGUGAGAUGCGGGUGACGCUGGCCAAGCUGCUGGCCGAGUCCGUCACGGAGGUGGGCGCCUUCAACAAGGGCACGGGCAUCGACCUGAGCACCUACCUCAACUGGAUCGACCGAUACCAGGGGCAGAUGUUGUUGUUGUGUACACAGAUAUAGUGUUGUGUGAGAGUGUGGAGCGCUCUGACCACCAUCAACGGAGGGGACGACAUGGGUCCGCUGCAGGCCGUGCUGACCAACGUGGAGGCGACGCUCAACCUGCUGGCCGACACGGUUCUGAUGGAGCAGCCGCCGCUGCGCAGGAGGAAGCUGGAGCACCUGAUCACGGAGUUGGUGCACCAGAGAGCCGUGAGCAGAACUCUGACUCAGUCAAGAACAAGAUCAGACAACACCCAAGUCGCCUUCGAGUGGCCUCAGCCAGAUGGCGUGCUUCGUUUUCUUAAUUCCGAGGCCGAACCCCCCAAGCAGACCGACGUCCUCCCAGCAGCUCUCCACAAUGUUCAGAUGGCCAACGCCAAGUUCAACUACGGCUUUCGAGUACCUGGGUGUGCAGGACAAGCUGGUGCAGACGCCCUGACCGACCGACGCCUCUGCUACCUGACCAUGACGCAGGCGCUGGAGGCCCGGUCUGGGAGGAUCGCUCCCCUUCGGUCAGUCACAGACCGCCUCCUCCUGGACAUGGGUUUCCACCGGUCCGCCCUUUAA